GUCACAGAAAGGGAGUUGAAGUCUGGAGGAGCUAACACCCAGGUGACGGAGAAGAACAAGAAAGAGUACAUCGAGCGAAUGGUGAAGUGGCGGGUAGAGCGUGGCGUGGUGCAGCAGACAGAGGCCCUCGUGCGAGGCUUCUACGAGGUUGUAGAUUCGAGGCUUGUCUCCGUGUUCGAUGCCAGGGAGCUGGAGCUGGUGAUAGCUGGUACCGCAGAAAUUGACCUAAAUGAUUGGCGGAAUAAUACCGAGUACCGGGGAGGCUAUCACGAUGGACAUCUUGUGAUCCGCUGGUUCUGGGCUGCGGUGGAACGCUUCAACAAUGAGCAGAGACUGAGAUUACUGCAGUUUGUCACAGGAACAUCCAGCGUGCCCUACGAAGGCUUCGCAGCUCUUCGAGGAAGCAAUGGGCUUCGGCGUUUCUGCAUAGAGAAAUGGGGGAAAAUUACCUCUCUCCCCAGGGCACACACAUGCUUCAACCGACUGGAUCUUCCACCGUAUCCCUCAUACUCUAUGUUGUAUGAAAAGCUGUUAACAGCAGUAGAAGAAACCAGCACCUUUGGACUUGAGUGAGGAAAUGGAACCUCGCCUGACAUUUUCCUGGCCAGUGACAUCACCCUUCCUCGGAUGAUUCCCCUUUCCCUUUCCCUUAAUCAACUCUCCUUUGAUUUUGGUAUUCCAUGAUUUUUAUUUUCAAACCAAAUCAGGAUUGACAAAAGCUGUGCAUGAAGAACUACCUUCUUCUAAGAUCUAACCUUCAGGCUUCUCUCCUCUGUUUUCAAUGAACUGCUAGCCUGUAUGCAAUAUUAAAAAAAAACAGCUGUCUCAA